ACUUUUCCUCUGGACAGGUUUUGAUAAAUCUCCCCCAUAGUGUCGCUUUGAACAACCUAUUUGAAGUGAUGGUUAAUAUUUGAUCGCUGAAGCUGAGGAGAAAGAGACUCAACAUGUGGAGUUUUUCUUCAGGGAGAAAGAAGUCCAAUUAUAAGAAUACAACAUGCCGGCUGUACCUUCUUCUUCUGCUUUGUACAGCUUGUUUGGGAAAAGAUGAUGGCCCUUCAGUAUGUUAUCUUGACCCUGAAGGCCAUUCAGACUGUGCACCGGAAAAGGAUGUAAAUAGGUACCGCGGCCCUUCAGCAUGUAAUAUAGACCCUGCAAGUCGUUUUGACUGUGCUCCGGAAAAGGCUUUAGCCGCAGAUGAAUGUGAAGCCCGUGGGUGCUGUUAUGUUCAACCUACUGACACUUCGGACCCUGAACAACCCUCCUGUUUUUUUCCUGUCAACUACCCAAGCUACAAAGCGGUCAACCUUACCCGCAAAGCAAAUGGAUAUUCUACAAACCUUGUACGCUCUGCCAAAACUUUCAUGCCCAAUGAUCUAAUGGUUUUGCAACUUGAGGUUAUGUUUGAGACAGACGUCAGACUGCGUUUCACCAUUAAAGAUCCGUCUCGAAACCGCUAUGAAGUUCCCAUUGAAACACCACGUGUCAGUACUAAACCAACCAAUAUGCAGUACGAUGUCAAAAUCACUACUGAACCCUUUGGCUUAAUCAUCAGUCGGAAGUGUAAUGGGCAAAUCUUGUUAAACACCACUUUGGCUCCAUUACUAUUCGCAGACCAGUUUAUUCAGAUGUCAACCUCUCUUUCCUCAAACUUUCUGUAUGGACUGGGGGAACAUUAUACUUCCAUUAACCUGGAUCUGAACUGGAGAAGAUUAACAUUUUGGAACAGAGACUUAAUACCUCGGAAAGAUGCAAACCUGUACGGCACUCAUCCUUUUUAUGUAGCGAUGGAUAAAGAUGGUUUAGCUCAUGGAGUGUUUCUGCUCAACAGCAAUGCCAUGGAUAUCAUACUGCAGCCUGCUCCCGCUUUGACCUGGAGAACUACAGGAGGGAUUUUGGAUUUUUAUGUCUUUUUGGGUCCUGAGCCUAAAACCGUUGUAAAGCAGUACCAGGACGUCGUAGGGUAUCCCUUUAUGCCUCCAUAUUGGAGCCUUGGAUUCCACCUUUGUCGCUGGGGGUACACCAGUUCUGCCAUGACUCGAGAAGCUGUGAAGAAAACCAGGGAAGCUCAAAUUCCUCUGGACGUGCAAUGGAAUGACAUUGACUAUAUGGACGCGUUCCUAGAUUUCACUUAUGACCCAGAAAACUUUGGAGAUAUGCCAGAAAUGGUUAAUGAAUUGCACCAAGAGGGCAUGAAAUACGUCUUAAUUGUGGAACCAGCUAUUGGCCUUACUAGUCCCCGUGGAAGUUAUUUCCCCUAUGAAGAUGGACUGAAGAGAGGAGUCUAUGUCACCAACGAGACUGGCCAGCCACUUGUGGGCAAGGUUUGGCCUGGCUUAACAGUGUUUGUAGACUUCACAAACCCGGAAGCACAUAAAUGGUGGUAUGAUAUGCUGAAGGAUUUUCAUGACAAGGUGCCUUUUGAUGGGAUAUGGAUUGAUAUGAAUGAACCAGCCAACACACAUGCACAUGGAUCUGUGGAUGGCUGCCCAGAUGACAACCUGGAAAAUCCUCCAUAUGUCCCUAGGGUAGUAGGAGGUGUACUACGGGAUACUACGAUCUGUGCUUCCAGUCAUCAACAUCUCUCAACACACUACAACCUCCAUAACCUAUAUGGCUUCUUUGAAGCCAUAGCAUCUCAUGAUGCUAUGAUCAAGAUCAGAGGAAAACGACCCUUUGUCAUUUCUCGAUCCACAUUCUCCAGCCAUGGUCGAUAUGCAGGUCAUUGGACAGGAGAUGUAGAGAGCACCUGGGAACAGUUGUAUUACUCUAUACCCGGUAUACUAAUGUUUAAUAUGUACGGGGUUCCUUUAGUUGGAACAGAUCUUUGUGGGUUUGUGGGUAAUGUAACAGAAGAACUUUGUGUGCGCUGGAGUCAGGUCGGCGCAUUUUAUCCAUUUAUGAGGAACCACAACACAAUGGAUGCAACGCCACAGGAGCCGUAUGUAUUUAGCAAUGAAGCCCAAGAAGCCAUAAGAAAAGCUGCGUUGAAACGUUAUAUGCUGCUUCCCUAUCUAUACACUUUGUUCCACAAGGCCCACACUCGUGGAGAUACUGUGGCUAGAGCUCUUUUUCUGGAGUUUCCCUCCGAUAAAAAUACUUGGACAAUUGAUCGCCAGUUCCUAUGGGGAGAAGCCUUAUAUAUCACUCCAGUCUUGGAAGAGGGGGAGACAGAAGUAAAAGGAUAUUUUCCUGCUGGGGUGUGGUAUGAUCUGGGUUCGGGUGCUGCACUUGAAAGUAUAGGAGAAUGGUUUACUCUUCCCUCACCGUUGGACACUAUAAAUAUACACAUUCGAGGUGGUUACAUUAUACCUGCACAGGAGCCAGGAAUGACCACAGAAGAGUCGCGCAAGAACAGCCUCAUACUCCUCGUGGCCCUUACAGCAUGUGGAUUUGCUAAAGGAGAUCUCUACUGGGAUGACGGAGACAGUUUGGACACCUACAAGAAGGGGGAUUAUAGCAUGGUUGUCUUUAUGGCACACAAUAAUGUUCUUCUGAAUGAGGUGAUAAAAAUAAAUUGUGAAGCAGAAAAACUGAAGCUGGAGGAGGUGGCAGUGUUUGGUGUACCGAAAUGUCCUUCAGAAGUUCGGGUUAAUGGUGCUGACACCAAAAACUUCAAGUACUUUCCAGAAACAAAGCUUCUGAAGAUUAAGGAGCUUUCUUUACCAAUUGGAAAAAAGUUUGAAAUCAAAUGGUCUUAACCCUGAAGUGGAACCUGAAGCCAUGCGGAGAAAUGUGAUAUGGUGAUGGAUAUAUAUAUAUAUAUAUAUAUAUAUAUAUAUAUAGCAUUUUCAUUGUAAAAUCAGUUAUUUUUCCAGCCUUAUACUUAGUCCAAGUUCACGAUGAAUAUCCUUUCUGCUAUUAUCUUUACUAUAAAAACGUAAUUCUUUCAUUUUGAUGUAGCCGGGUGCAUAUUUGAUUUCUUUAAACGCUAAAUAUUUUUCCCUCCUCAUCCAUAAAAACUAUUUUUUUGUCCCCCCAAAUUAUUUACCCACUACCUCUGCAUGGCAUUAGACAGUGCUGUAGUCUUAGUGAAGGGAUAAAGGCAUAUUGUAGAGGGCAUAUGUUUAGAACUCAGGUAUGAAUUGGGGCAUUACUUUACCUUGCUGUUCCAUGUUACAUGAUAUGUACAGUAAGAAUAAACCUUUACUAAACAUG